UCUUUAAUUUUUUUGAGGGCCCACAUAAUGAAAUAAACAGAAGAAAUUCAUUAUAGAAGAAGCUAAAAUAUUUCUGAAUGAUUGGAUUGACAACCAAACAUACCACCUAGAUUAGCAUCAACUAGGGAAUUUUCAUCAACCUUGAAGAAGGUGUAGUCAUUAGAUUUUUUUUUUUAAAAGCAUUUUCAAAAGAAAGAAAAAAGAAUGUUAUGUUUUCCAUUUCACUUCUAAUGUAGUUGAAAUAGUUUAUGUUAUUAAAGAAUGACUAACUCCUACGCUAUAUGGCUAAAUUUUCUCAUGAGUUUCAACGCUCACUUCCCUGACUAUCAUUAAAAGUGGUUCUAUAGUUCCCAAGAGCUAGCUUUAUCUUUUGGAUGAUGGAGUGGUUAUAUUCUUAUUUAUUGGUUUUGAUUUGAUUCAAAGAGAAUCACAAGAUUUAAGGCAGAUGGCAUAACUCCAAAACCCCAUAUCAGAUCUUCUCAGAUCAUCUUUUUCUUCAAUGGCUAAGAAGAAGAGCUGGUUCAGUUUCAGUCUAGUGAAGAGAUUUUUUUCUUCAGAUUCACAGUCAAAACAAGAAAAGGAGAAGAGAAGAAAAUGGAUAUUUGGGAGGCUCAGGAUCAAAAGACUAGCCUCAUUGGCUGCACCACCACAAGCACAAGUGAUGGAAUCAACACCAAGUGAAACAGAGGAAAAACAGAGCAACUCUGCUCUGUCUGUGGCAAUUGCCACUGCUAAUGCUGCCUCGGCCGCAGUGGCAGCUGCACAUGCUGCUGCCGAGGCUGUUAGGUUCACCGAAAUCCUCGAAGAAACCGGUGUCGAAUCUCGGGCUCGGCAUACUUCUCAGAAGGAAAUCCAAGAAUUUGCUGCCAUUAAGAUUCAAACUGCCUUUAGAGGUUACCUUGCCAAAAAGGCAUUGAGGGCACUUAAGGGAAUAGUGACACUUCAAGCUAUUAUUAGAGGCAGAGCAGUGCGGCGCCAAGCUGUCACUACUCUAAAACGCCUGCAAUCCAUAAUAAAUAUUCAGUCACAGGUUUGUGCAAACAGAUUCCAAACCACUGAAGGUACUACUACUUAUGAUUAUGAUUAUGAUGAUGGUGGUGAUGAUCAGCUUCAGAGUUUAAGGAACAAAAUAUUAAGAAUGGAUUCUUACAAUCAGAAAAGUUGGGAUGAUAGCCUUCUGUCAAAGGAAGAUGCAGAUGCCUUGUUUAUGAGCAAGAGAGAGGCUAUGCUUAAGAGAGAAAGGAUCAAAGAAUACUGGCAUACACAUAGGAAAUCAGCAGAAACAGAUAGAAACAAAGUAAAUGGAAGAUGGAGGUACUGGUUGGAGCAAUGGGUGGAUACCCAACUCACUAAAAGCAAAGAGCUAGAAGAUUUGGACACAGAUUUGGGAUCAAACACAAGAAAACUUAGGAUGAGAAACCUUCAAAACCCGAACAAUAAUAGUGAAGAAGGAGGUGGAGGAGGAUUCAUGGAGUCACCACCAAUGUUUGCACCAAGAAAAUCAUUACACAGAAAACAAUGCUCAUUGGGUGAUGAGAACUCAUUUGCAGGCUCUCCAAUUGUUCCAACAUACAUGGCGGCAACCGAAUCGGCUAGAGCCAAAGCAAGGUCCUUAAGCUCACCAAAACUAAGGCCAGAGAGCUUAGAUGGCUGCUCACCAUGCAAGCACAAGCUCUCACUUGUAUCUUCCAUCACUAGUGAAGUUCCAAUAAGUAGUAGUAAUAGUACAGUUGGAAGGCCUGGUGGUGGUGACUAUUUUCAUCAAAGAUCUCCAAGCAUGAAAGGGGUUAGAGGGCCUGUGAAAUCAAGCAGGAAGAUGGUGAAUGAUCUGAGUAUUGAUUCAGAGUGUUCUUUGUCUCAUUGGCAUAAUGCUAGAUGAUGAUGAUGAUGAGUGAGUUGGUUAAUUGUUAGUUUUUUUGGGGUUGGAGUUGGAGGAGUGAAAGAAGAAGUAAAUUGAAUUUGUGGGGUUUUAUUUGAAAAUCCAAAUUAUUUUCAAGGGUUCAAAUGUUUAUAUGUUAACAUAACUUACAUGCCUGAACAAGCAAUAUUAUAUAGUAUGGUAUAUGAAUUA